AUGCAGCUGCAGUGGGCAGGAGCCGCGGCCGCCCCGCGGUGGUCGGCGGAGACGGGCACGUGCGUCCUGGGCGGCGGAGCCGGCGCGCUGUUCGCGCAGCUGUUGGCAACCCUGGCGCACGCACAGUGCGCGCUGUCGGACCGCAGCGCCUACCCGCCGGAAACAGGGCGCCCACUGCCGGAGUACGACUUCGUGGUGGUCGGCGCCGGGUCGGCCGGGUCGGCGGUGGCCGCCCGCCUCUCGGAGAACCCCGACUGGACACUGCUGCUGCUCGAGGCCGGCGGCGACCCGCCGCCCACCACCGACGUCCCCGCCCUGUUCCCCGCUCUGGCCAAAACGGAGGUCGACUGGUCGUACCUGACAGAAGCAGACGGGCGAUCCUGCCUGGCGCUCGCAGACAGCAGGUGUGCGUGGCCCCGCGGCAAGGCGCUGGGCGGCUCCAGCUCCACCAACGCAAUGGUCUACAUCAGGGGCAGCCCGCAGGACUACGACGGCUGGGCGGUGCUCGGCAACCGCGGCUGGGCCUACCGAGAGGUGCUGCCCUUCUUCCAGAAGCUGGAGGCCUUUGACGAGGAGGAGCUGGACACGAGGCCGGACGCCGACGCCGUACACGGCCGCCACGGCCCCAUCCGCGUAACCAGACCGCCACGUCUGGACCCGGCGUUCGAUAUUCUGGACGCCGCAGCCAGAGAACUGGGCUUCAGAAUUAUUCGAGAUUUCAGCGCCGAGCCCAACGUGGGGUUCGGUCAGGUACACUGCAGUAUCUGGAACGGCUCCAGGUGGAAUGCCGCUCUGGGAUACCUAGGACCAGCUAAAGUGAGGCCAAACCUACACGUCGUGAAAUUCGCUCACGUAACGAAAGUGCUGAUCGAGCCCGAGAAUCUACACGCUUACGGUGUACAGUUUUUGAAACGAGGAAAAUUGCAGGAAGUUAGGGCCAGGAAGGAAGUAAUUGUAUCUGCAGGAGUUGUCAACACACCUCACAUACUGAUGCACUCCGGCAUCGGACCGAGGUCACAUUUGGAGGAUUUCGGAAUACGAGUUUUAAAGGAUCUCAGAGUAGGUUACAAUCUACAGGAUCAUCUCUUGUAUGUCGGCCUGUAUUACACGAGGAAGGCGUCGAGGAAGAAAAGGCCCGAACAGGACACGUUCGAAUACUUGCUGAAAAGGACAGGUGCUCUGUCGAACACGGGGAUCACUUCUUAUAUCGGUUUCGUGCAGACUGGCGGAGCACCACACCGAGCCUCGUAUCCCGAUAUACAGAUGAUGUACUUGUCUGUAGACAGUUCCACUGGCGGCCUAGUGGGGAAUUUCUUCAACUUCGGCGGCGAAAUGCUCCGCGGUCUGGAGAACGUGACGGCCAGCGAGGACGCGAUACUGGUGGGCACGUCGCUCUUGGCCCCCAGGAGCCGCGGGCGUAUCCGGCUGAGGAGCGCUGACCCGACGGAGGCGCCGGCGGUCGAGAGCGGCUACCUGUCGGACGCGCGCGACCUGGACACCCUGGUGGCCGGCGUGGCGGAGGCGCGCCGGCUGGGCUGGACGGCGGCGAUGCGCGCCGCGGGCUACCGGCCGGCCGAGCUGCGGCUGCGGGCGUGCGCCGCCCACCGGCCGCUCAGCCCUGCCUACUGGCGCUGCGCGGCGCCGCGCCUCGCCGCCUCCGCCAGCCACCCCGCGGGCUCCGCCAGGAUGGGGCCUCCCGGAGACGCCGGCGCCGUCGUCGACCCCCGGCUGCGCGUCCGCGGCGUGCGCGGGCUGCGCGUGGCCGACGCCUCCGUCAUGCCGCUCGUCGUCCGCGCCAACACCAACGUCGCGUCCAUCAUGAUCGGCGAGAAGUGCGCCCACAUGGUGGCCGAGGACUGGAACCACUGA